UUAACCAACAAUGGCUUUCCUCGUCCUCCUUUUAGCGUUUCUUCUCUUUUACAUAGCAAAACUCAUGUACCAAAGUAUUACUGACCAACGUUCAACAAAAUCCAGGGGGUCCCAGCUGCCACCGGGGCCAGUACCUUGGCCAGUUGUCGGAUGCAUGCCAGAGAUGCUCAGUAGGAGACCGGCAUUCAGGUGGAUCCUUGGCUGGAUGAAGGAGAUGGACACCGACAUUGCAUGCUUCCGCCUUGGGAACGUGCACGUGAUCCCAGUGACCUGCCCCAAGAUCGCCCAAGAAUUCCUCAAGAAGCAAGACGCGAUCUUCACUUCGAGGCCAUUAUCUAUGGCUUCUCGCAUCCUGAGUAGCGGAUACAUAACAGCAGUUAUGUCGCCAUAUGGAGAGAGCUGGAAGAAAAUGAGGAAGGUGUUGAUAUCAGAGGUUAUUUCUCCCGCGAGACACCGGUGGCUCCAUGAUAAAAGAGCCAAGGAAGCAGAUAACCUAGUCAGGUACAUUUACUAUCGGAGCAAAAACUCUGGGAGAGUGAACAUAAGAACUGCAUGCCAGCACUAUUCAGCAAACGUGGUCCGGAGAUUGAUGUUUGAUCGGAGAUAUUUCGUAGAUAAGAUCAUAGAUGAUGGAGCUCCAACUUUCAGGGAAGAAGAGCAUGUGGAUGCACUCUUCACAACACUAAAGUACCUUUACGCAUUCUGUGUAUCGGACUACUUUCCUUACUUGGAAGGGCUUGAUUUAGAUGGACAUGAAAAGAUAAUUAAGGAUGCUGUUGAGACUAUUUGCAAGUACCAUGAUCCUAUUGUUAAAGAGAGGAUCUUAAAAUGGAGGGAAAAUGAUGGUCGUGUAUUUCGAGAUGAAAAUGAGUUCAAAAUGAUGGAACCUCAGGAUUUGCUCGAUGUUUUGAUUACACUUAUGGAUGCAAAUGGGAAGCCGUUGCUUACACCAGAAGAGAUCGCCGCAGAGACCAGGGAGAUCAUGAUGGCGGCAGUGGACAAUCCAUCAAACGCGGUGGAGUGGGUCAUGGCAGAGAUGAUUAAUAAUCCUGAGAUCCUUAACAAAGCCGUGGAAGAACUGGACAGGGUCGUGGGGAAAGAGAGACUUGUCAAAGAAGAAGACAUCCCUAAUCUUAACUACAUCAAGGCAUGCGCUAGGGAAGCCUUUAGGCUCCACCCGUUCGCUCCCUUCAAUGUCCCACAUGUGGCCCUGUACGAUACGGUUGUCGCUGGCUACCGUAUUCCCAAAGGAAGCCACAUACUCCUGAGCCGGAGGGGACUAGGCAGAAACCCUAAGGUCUGGGACAGACCCCUGGAGUUCAGACCAGAGCGGCACCUGCCGAACGGCAAUGCUGGAAACAGGCAAGAGUGCUCCUCCAAUGAGGUCGUGCUGACGGAGCCUGACCUGCGGUUCAUAACCUUCAGCACGGGGCGGCGAGGCUGUGUCGCCAUGGCUCUCGGGACUACUAUGACCAUCAUGCUACUAGCUAGGAUGGUCCAAGGUUUUUCCUGGGAGAAGCCACCGGAGAUAUCGGAGAUCAACCUAGAGGAAUCAAAACAUGAACUAUGUCUGGCCGAUCCAUUGGUUGCAUGUGCCGAACCUCGCCUGCCUCUACAUCUAUACCAAUAUAGCGAGAAAGAGCAUAUACAUCAUGGAACGAAUAAAAGUUAAACAUUAGAAUGAGAGCAUGCAUAACAUCAAAUAUUAAGAGAAUAUAUUUCCUUGGGUGAUACAUGCUUUUUUAUUGGGUUAUUAAGAACAAGAGAAUAAAGAAAGAAGUUGUAGUGUAGUGACAUACACUUUUCUUUAGGAAACGAGAGAUCUAUAUUUUAUUUUGUCAAUGAUAUUACAU